AAUGGUUGCUGGCUGAUUGGUCUUCCUCUAAUGCGCCGUGUCCCUCUUCUUGCCUGGAUCUUGGCCAGUUGGGGUUAGGGAGUAUUUCCCGCUGACCUAUUUCAGGAAUCUAGAAGGAAACGCAGGGGGCGCAUUGGGCGUAAGGACACCACAGUGAUUUGAAAACAGAUAGGUGGUCGGAUCCUGUUUGGCCGAGUAGCUCAUGAAGCAAGGGAAGAGAACGAUCUUUAUUUCUCCUCUCUGUUGGUGAGACGAAGGACGGCGGAGGAAAGCUGGUUGUCACGGUUAUGAACCUUGCGGAGCCUCGUUGAGGAGCUUGUUGAUCAUGUCGUGCCGCAUCAGGACAUCGGAGUGAGAUUCAGAAGCGCAAACAUGACUGCUGAGAUGCCUCAGCAGCAACAGCUGGACCCCUGUGAUUCUUUGCGCUCCUGCGCCCCGCUGCCAGACCUGGAACACGAUCGAGGCGCAGUUAAGGAAAAAAGAGGCUACUCGGGAUUGAGGCGCCCCGAAAAGCCCCCCUAUUCCUAUAUCGCGCUCAUAGUGAUGGCAAUCCAAAGCUCACCGAGCAAAAGAGUAACUCUGAGCGAGAUUUAUCAGUUCCUACAGGCCAGAUUCCCGUUUUUCAGAGGGACAUAUCUGGGAUGGAAAAAUUCCGUCAGACACAACUUGUCUCUAAACGAAUGUUUUAUCAAACUACCCAAAGGUCUGGGGAGACCUGGCAAGGGUCAUUACUGGACCAUGGACCCAAGCAGCGAGUUCAUGUUCGAGGAGGGCUCCUUUCGUCGCAGACCGAGGGGAUUCCGGAGGAAAUGCCAAGCCCUGAAACCAGUGCACCGGAUGAUGAACGGAAUCGGGUUUGGCGCGUCCAUGCUGACGCAGAACAUUGACUUCCAAUCUCCUCAAGUCUCAUUAACCUACCGUAAUAACUACAACAUCGAUUUAGUGAGUAGUACAGUUCAAAGUGGGUUUGAGGGAUUUGGAGUAAGCCACCACGUCCCGCGUCUUUCGUCCACCUCCCUGGCAUCCUACAUGACGGCAUGUGAGGCGGCAUCCAGCAAAGAUCAUUACGCAGACAGCAGCAGCAGUCCCAUACAGACCUCACCAGCGAUGAGAGGCGCGCUGGACUGUACGUCUGCGCAUGCAAACGCCGCUUCGCGCUGGAACGCACCUGGGAUGUCCUCACACAGAAAACAGCAGAAUCUGGCAACAAGCUGCGCCAACUCCUCUGUGGCAUCAAGUUAUUCCUGGGAGCAGAGCCAUUUGCAUCAGAGCAGACGGGAUUCGCCAGAGGUGGCAGUGGGACUGCCUCGGUAUUCCAGCCGCUCAGCUGUUCCAGUGUCGGGAAGGAAGGAAUUUGUUUUCAACCUAAAUGGAAUCUCUUCCCUCCAUCCAAGUACCGGAGGGUCCUAUUAUCCUCAUCUUCAUCACCACCACAGUGACUGUCAGGACGUAAAGCCAUGUGUGAUGUGACGACAAAGUUUUUAGUCUAUAUCUAAGGUCCUUGCUAAAGUUUUGCCUCAUGAUCCCGUUAGGGAUGUUGAUUUUUUU